ACAUUGUGUUAUUUGAAGGUAGCAAGGGAAGUACUGCCGUAUAAUAGAAUGACUGAAUUUCACUGAAAUCAUGCAUUGUCAUUCUUCCCGCGCGAGGAUAGAUUAUUUUGUACAAUUUUUCAUCAUCAAAAUUUAAAAUUUUGGAGUGUACCCUAUCAGUUUGAGGUAAUACCACCACUUGGAAACCAUCAUUAAGAGUACACAUUCAGACUGUGUCAUAAUAUUGGGAUCAGUUUACGAUGGAUAUGAUCAAUAGGCCUAUAAUAUACGUGCAUGCAUGCCAUGUUCUGACAUUGGCUCUUCACAUCGGGGCACUCGCACUAGGUACACCGACCUAUCUGCUCGAGGAUGGUAUGUACGAAUCUGAAGGUCGAGUUGAAGCGAAUUUCUCCGGCUCUGCCCCGGCUUCAUUCUGUGACAGUCUUUGGGGUAUUGAAGAAGCCACUGUAAUCUGUAAACAUUUGAACUACACCGGUGCCGAUCUAGCAUUGCUCUCGGGAUACUUCGGAGACGUUCGGAAUGAGUCGCUGAGUCAACCAGCUUAUGGUGAACUGUCUUGCACUGGGUUUGAGGAUCAUCUACUUCAGUGUAACUACACAGAUGUAGGCUCUGCAUGCCCUCACUCUGGAAAAGGUGCAGGUGUUAGGUGUACAGCAUAUGGAAGUCUUCGCCUUUCCAAUGGAUCUGUACCUGGUGAGGGUCGUGUUGAGAUUCUUGGAGAAUCAGGAGUUUGGGGAACAAUAUGUGAUGAUGAAUGGGACAGGAUUGAUGCAGGAGUGGCCUGUAGACAACUUGGAUUCCCGGGUGCUAUAGAAGCCAUCGUCAAUGAAAAUUAUACACAUUCGCAACCACUCUUUGGUCCUGGUUCAGGUCCAAUUCUCCUAGAUGGACUCGAGUGUAGUGGAGGCGAGAGACAUUUAAUAGACUGUCCAGUGACAAAAGAAUUUGGGAUUCACGACUGUUCACACGAAGAAGACGCGGGUGUAAGAUGUGACACAAAACUGAUUCGUCUGCAAAACGGGGAAUAUCCCAAUCAAGGUCGAGUUGAAGUUUAUCACGGAGGAUCAUGGGGUACAAUCUGUUCUUGGAAUAUGGAUGCUGCUCAUAUCGCAUGUCGAGAACUGGGGUAUCCACUAGGAGCGUUGGAAAACACAUCAGUAGCUGGAGGGGAUGGACGAGUCCUACUGGACGAGGUAUUCUGUUCAGGAAACGAGUCUCAUGUUCGGGAUUGUGAUUCUUUAGGGUGGGCUAAGGUUCAAAGCUGUUCUCCAAAUCCACAUCCAUAUCAACUCACAGCAGGCGUCAUCUGUAAUGAUCCAGCCAACUUUGUAAAACUUCUGAGUGGAUCUACCAGCUACGAAGGUAUUGUUGAAUACCGUUUUGGAUCUGUACCUGGUUUUAUAUGUGACCCUGAUUGGAGUAUAGCUGAAGCAGAAGUCGUCUGUCGACAGCUCGGUUACCAGUAUGGAAGAAAUGAAAGACCAGUUUCACUUGGCCCAUUAUCUGGGACGAUCUUUUAUCAUGACUAUCAGUGUAACGGAACUGAAGAGCAUCUCGGUGAAUGCCAAGUCUCAUCGUCCUCUUACUUUGAAUGCGAACCGACAAACAUCGCCCAGGUCAGAUGUGGACCUCCAAAAGAGUUUGAUCUUCGCCUGAUGGGAAGUGACUACACAGAACAAGGCAGAGUAGAUGUAUACUAUAAUAAUGAGUGGAGCUCUAUCACGGACGAUUAUUUCUUCACUAACGUCCGACAGACAAUAUGUCGACAGCUUGGUUAUGAAGGAUCACCUAGUACUUACUACUCGUACAACCUAUUUGAGAGUGGAUCGGGUAGGAUCGUCAUCGAUGGCUUAUAUUGCGGCUUCUUUGAUUCCAAGAUAACCGACUGCAGCAUAACAUUCACCGGUAAUGAAUCAUUGAAUACCCGUGAUGACGAACUGGAAGUUUUAUGUGCACCAUAUGUAUCGGUGGCGAACCAUCCUGUCCGACUGGUCAACGAGAAAGGUGUGAUCAACAGAGAUUACGGUCGAGUAGAGAUUCUUCAUGAUGGUCUUUGGGGAUCUAUAUGUGACGAUUACACGAACGAUGGCACUGCCGACCUCAUCUGCAGUCAACUAGGGCAUGAUAUUACUUAUGCAAGAAGUCUCCGACCAUCAUCGUAUGACAUCCCUUUUCCUGUCAGGGAAUGGUUUAGUUUUAUAUCAUGUAAUUGGGAUUCACGAUUCAUCUUCCAAUGCCGUUUUUCGCCCUGGGGAUAUGUGGAUACAGAUUGGUGUUACAGUGGGAGACACGCUGGAGUACAGUGCAUUGAAACUUUGCCAUUCGUCACGACUUCAGCAUCUCCUUUCCUUUCUACAGAAGCCCCAGUGAUACCUGAUUCUUCGUCACCUAUGCUGACACAGUGGGAAAUAUUUUUGAUAGCUGUCGCUUUCUUGGUUCCGGUGAUGUGUGUGAUCAUCUGUUGCUAUCAACGACAACGAUCAAAAGGAUCGGAUAGGCGGACUUUUGCUGACAACACCGUCUACUCUUCGUCUGCGAAUAAUGGAGCAGGAUCUGUGAUAGUCGCUUCGCCUCCACCUCGCUAUAUCUCCUCUCCAUCACCUCCGACGGAGCUACCGCCGAGCUACGAUUCAGUAAUGCACCCAUCGGAUCAAAGUUAUCCACCAACAGACAAUGUUAACCUUUCAGUAAUUCACCCAUCGGAUCAAUCUGAUCCACCAACAGACAAUGUUACCCCUUCAGCUAUGCACCCGUCAGAUCGAACUGAUCCACGAACAGACAAUGUUAACCUUUCAGUAAUUCACCCAUCAGAUCAAUCUGAUCCACCAACAGACAAUGUUACCCCUUCAGUUAUGCACCCAUCAGAUCAAACUGAUUCACCAACAGACAAUGUUAACCCUUCAGUGAUUCACCCAUCAGAUCAAUUUGAUCCAUCAACAGACAAUAUUACCCCUUCAGUUAUGCACCCAUCAGAUCAAACUGAUUCACCAACAGACAAUAAUAACCCUUCAGUAAGUCACCCAUCAGAUCAUUCUUAUCUACCAACAGACAAUGUUACCUCUUCAGUUAUGCACCCAUCAGAUAGAACUAUCCACUAACAGACGAUGUUGAAAUUAAUUCCAGUGAUCCUAUAAUAACCGCAUUCAAUCAUCUCAAAUCGACACCGAUGUAUCGAAUGUUGGAACUCGUUCAGAACCUUCUCUGACUUUAAUCGAAGACAAUGACACUUCAUAGGUGUUAUAAACAUGGUAAAUGACACACAACCAAUCCGACCAAUUAAACAGCUAUUACGUUAACGGCGCCAUCUUGUCAAACGAAUCUCCUGUUCUUUAAAACAUUACUCAUGCCGAGAGUGUAUUUCCAACAAUCAUGAUGUUGUAACUCUGUAAGGUGAUCAUUAUUCAUGCAUUUUCUCUGUAUUUGCAUUGACUUAAAAUGGACGGGUUUUUUUCGUUUUGAAUGUUUCUUUUUUUUAAUUGAAAGGGAUGAACACUUCAAAUAUGAUAACUUCAAAUAUUUUAAUUACCUUUUUAUAACAUUGAAUAUUUUCGCAGGAGUUUCUACAUUUAUUGCAUAUUAUGCAAAACAUAUUUACAAUACAUGAACAUAAUCAUCACAUGACGUGAUAAAAUAAUAUUACCAUGUGGCAAUUUUAUAAUAUAGGAAUAACGUAAUUUGGACAUAAAUACAAUUUUGUAAGCACAUAGUAUAGUGAAAUCUUGAAGAAAAAAAAUGCACAGACCACUUACAAGGAAAAAAAUGCUUGAGACAUAGCAUAGCAUGACAGUACUAAUAUGAUAAUUAUUACAGUACUAUAGUAGGCAUGCCAGUAUCCCAAAUGUAUCAUUAACCUAAUUACUUCAAAGUAUACCGUUUGGCAUUUAGGCCUUAUUGAUAUAGAUGUGAAAAAAGCAUAUAUUGUACAAAAUAUUCAUAUUUAGGCCUACAUAAUGUAUAGUACAUGGGUGGAAACGCUAUAGGAUGCAUGGCAUAAUGCUAAUGUAUUCUGCUCCUGAAUGAGGUGUUGCCAACUACGAUGUUGACAACAGUCAAUGUAAAAUCAUGAUAAGUUGGUGAGAAGCCAGUAAUCGACUAAUGAACUUCUCAAGUUUGGACUCUGCGCUUUCACUCGCGAGCUUCUCCCAUCUGACUCUGUCUCAUUACAAAAUUCAAUAAAUUGAAAUUGUUGUAAGGUUUAUAUUCAAUAAAUUAAUUUUAUUC